GACUUAAAAGAGAGAAUGAAUAAAAAACUCGUAAAAUCCCAAGCCAAAAAAGAGACCGCGAGGUUUUAGUAGUUUAUCCGACCAAACUCACCAUCAUGUCGGACGCCGAAGAUGAUUUUAUGUGCGAUGACGAAGAAGAAUACGACCUGGAAUAUUCUGAGGACAGCAACAGCGAGCCAGAUGUCGACCUUGAAAACCAGUACUACAAUAGCAAAGCACUGAAGGAAGAUGACCCAAGGGCAGCCCUCACCUCUUUCCAGCGCGUCCUGGACCUGGAAGCGGGCGACAAGGGGGAGUGGGGCUUCAAGGCACUCAAGCAGAUGAUCAAGAUUAACUUCAGACUGGGCAACUACGAGGAGAUGAUGACACGUUACAAGCAGCUUUUAACUUACAUUAAAUCUGCUGUUACUCGCAACUACAGUGAAAAGUCCAUCAACUCUAUCCUAGAUUAUAUAUCAACAUCAAAAAAUAUGGAAUUAUUGCAAGAUUUCUAUGAAACAACCCUAGAAGCCUUGAAAGAUGCCAAAAAUGAUCGCUUGUGGUUUAAAACAAAUACAAAAUUGGGGAAGCUCUACUUCGACCGGGAAGACUACACUCGGUUGUCAAAGAUCUUGAAGCAGCUUCACCAGUCUUGCCAGACAGAUGAGGGUGAGGAUGACCUGAAGAAGGGGACACAGCUCUUGGAGAUUUAUGCUUUAGAGAUCCAGAUGUAUACUGCUCAAAAGAAUAACAAGAAGCUGAAGGCUUUGUACGAGCAGUCGCUUCACAUUAAAUCAGCAAUUCCCCAUCCACUUAUUAUGGGAGUGAUAAGAGAAUGUGGCGGAAAAAUGCAUCUGCGUGAGGGAGAAUUUGAAAAGGCCCACACAGACUUUUUUGAAGCAUUUAAAAACUAUGAUGAAUCUGGUAGCCCAAGAAGAACAACCUGUCUUAAGUACCUUGUUUUGGCAAACAUGUUAAUGAAAUCAGGUAUUAACCCCUUUGAUUCCCAAGAAGCAAAGCCUUACAAGAAUGACCCCGAGAUUUUAGCAAUGACCAACUUGGUGGCAGCGUACCAAAAUGACGAUAUCAAUGAAUUUGAGACAAUCCUAAAGCAAAACCGAACCAAUAUCAUGGAUGAUCCUUUUAUCCGGGAACACAUUGAAGAUCUGCUGAGAAACAUCCGAACCCAAGUGCUCAUAAAACUUAUUAAGCCAUACACAAGAAUUCAUAUACCUUUUAUCUCUAAUGAACUCAACAUAGAUGCAACAGAUGUGGAAGCUCUCUUAGUGCAGUGUAUAUUGGACAACACCAUUGAUGGACGUAUAGACCAGGUGAACCAGGUGUUGGAACUGACUCGAGGAGCGGAGGGUGCUGCUCGCUACACAGCCCUUGACCGGUGGACAAACCAACUCCAGUAUCUGCAGUUUGUUAUUGUAACCAAAAUGAACUAAGUUAAAUAAAACUGUACCACUGUGGAAAGCAGAGGUCGCAAAAAAACUAGUUUACUCUGAAGGAUAAGGAUGCCCGUGGAAGAGAUUUAGUUCUCAGUCUAGAAAGUAUGUACAAAUAUGUAUGAAAUGAGAGAAUCUGUUCAGAGAAUGUUCAUAUAUGAACUAAUCAAAGAAAUGGUAAAAAGAAAAUGAAUGAGAACUUGCACAUAAAGACAGAGGAUAUUUGGAACUGGAAAGUUCAUUAAUGAUUGCCUGAAAAUGUUUGUCCAACCACAUAAGACUUUGGAUCAUGGGGUUUCCUUCAAUUUUGCAAAUUGUUCAUAUAACAGUUUUGAGUUUUAACACUACAUACACUUUGCUGAUUUUACCCUUGCCAGGCAAAUGGAGAUACAGUUCCUCUCUUUAGAUUAAAGAAAAACCGAAAGAUGUUAUGUACCAUAUGACAUUUUCUAAUAAAAAGAAAAGAAUUAGAAAAGGUACUGUAAAAGUUCAUGAUCAUCUUUUAGUGUUGCCUCUCGUGUAAAUAGAUUUACAAAUUCAGUACUCUUUGAGUUUCAUGAUUUAUUUGCUAAAUAAAAAUCUUAGGCUGUUUCUGAUAUUUUGUACAUAUUUUUUUGUUAUAUAUGAAGACCAAAUUUCCUCAAAAAUGCAAAAUGUUUGAAAAGCUAUAUUCACAGAGAGCAAUAUAUACCUUUUUACCUGUAUUUUCUUUGAGUUUUGAAUUACACUAAAAAUGUUAA